AUGGAGGUCAGGCAGGUUAUCCAAGGCACUGCCAAAGUGAAGCCAGUCAGACUGAGACAGGUGCCUGCCAGUAGAGAUCCUGGCCAGGAAAUUGGCCCUCCUGUUGUGAUGGAGACCAGACAGGCAAUCCAAGUUGCUGCUAAAGCGAAGUCAGUCAGACCAAGACAGGGGCCUGUCAGCCUUCAAGGAAAACCAGGAAAUAUAGUCAUCCAACCUUGUGGUGAAGCUGAAGUUGCUGAUAUGGAAGUCAACACUCACCAGACUACCAACUUCUGUCCCUUCUUUGACAAGUGGAGCUACUACCACUGUCAACUCCAAUACAAGCCUAGCAUACCAGGAUCAGUCAUCUUCAACAUCUUCAAUCAGGGAAAGAUGCCUGUGCCAACCCACUGCAUGGAUGAAGAGGAAUUAGAAGACCAACCAGCUUUCUCUGUCAAGGUUGUAGGUCAUGAAAAAUUCAAGGUAGUCAUGAGCAUGGCUAACGAUAUAGAGAGCAACAAUGAAUUCAAUCAGCUCAUUUUUGCAGAGGUGCAGACCAGCUCAAAGCACAAGUAUUCAGAUCAUGACAAUGCUGACUAUGUUACCUCAUCCAAGGUUGAGGACUUCGAUGAUGAAUACUUUGACAUUGAGGAUCACAAUUUGAAGUCUUAUGAAGAACUCAUACAGUCACUGCGAAUCAUUAUCCUGACCAUUGCUCCAGACUUUGAGGACCUGAAUGACAUUUGUCCUGGGAUGGCAGUCUUUAAUAUUGUAUUCAACUUUGGAUCCACUGCAAUCACUCUUAUCACUCACUUCCUUGUCUCAGAUCCAGAAAUUGGCAUGCUGUCUCUUACUCAGGCCCAGGAACUCUGUUCUAAGCUGUUGGAAGGCUUCGCAUUUUUAUAUUCAGACCAAGAUUCUCACAAACCAGAGAACAUUUUCCAGUCAUACUUUGUAUUAUACCUCCUUGGCCACACACAUCUGUGGCCCUGUGGUGAUUCUCCUGAUGUCCCAAAACUGAAGAUCAGGGAACUGAAAAAUACAGGCAUCAAAGGCACACUAGCCCUUACCUGUGCCAUGUUGCACUGUACUCUUCCCCUGCUCAAAACUGGUGAACUGCAAAUUGACACUAAGCACACAUCCUUCAGAAAGGCAGCUAUCAAGAUCCCACUCAAGGUGAACAAGGUGACCAGGAGGGAGUUGUCAGCUGUUUCAGCAUUCUCUGAGCAGAAUUGUGGCCCCUGCACCAGGCAAUAUGCUAUAGCCACCACUAAGCAUGACAAUGCUGUGCUCCAAAACAUCAUUAUGGGAGCAACUAUGCUCAUUCCAUACAGUAUAGAUUGCAUGUUAGAGGGAGGGAGCUUUCAAUGUGGGGAGGAUGACAUCAAUGAUUUAAUUGCCACUCUUUGCCUAUGCUCAUUUAAUGUUUCAGCACCGCACUGCUUUAUCAUGAAUGCAUCGUGUUUUAUUGCUAAGAUAUGUGACACAGUGUGGAACCACUUCGAAAUCGUUACUUCAGUCAGCUUCAUGGCAACUACUGCAGCUUGGUUCAGUGCGCGACUGCAGAAGUCUGAAGGAGAAGAAGAUGAUGCAAGUUUGAGAAGAUGGGAGGAAUAUGCGAAGGACCACGAGACAAGCAUCAACUAUGAAAGCUUCUUGGGGCCAGUGUCAAAUGAAGCAGAAGCUGAGUCCCUCAAAGAUGGAGGGGAGAACCUCGCAUGCCAUGGAAGGUUGCUAUGGGAGUGAUAUGUAGAGCUGGGAUGAGCAUGACAGGGUGUGGACCCAAGGAUGGC